GAAAAAGAUGGAAAUAAUCCGAUGGCCGAAGGAAAUCUCAGAAAAAGAUGCUUUUAUGAAGCGGCCACAAAUAGUGCCUUCUGCUCCACCUCCAGAAGCAUACUACUUGCCAGUUCAGCCGCCCCCGCAAAGGCCACCCCCGCGGCUUCCCGGACCCUCGAGUCCCGUACCCGUGCCUUGUUGGCAAGCACCUCCUUCUUCGUUACCUCCCCGCUAUGGCAGCAAUACAGAAAGUUUCGAACUAAAUUACGAGGAAAUAAAUGAUAAAACCCCAAGAAACCCCGAGAAACCUUCCCGGUUCAACGUCAAACCCGGCAAACACAAAAAGCGAUUCAAUCCGCAACUACACACUCAAAGAGGUUGUACUGACGUCGCCUGUUGUUUUCUCUUCCUUCUUUUCACAAUUGGAUGGGGAGUGGUGGCGGCGAUCGGUUUCUUAUGGGGAGAUGCAGAACGUCUAAUUCUCCCGACGGAUACCGCAGGAAGGCGAUGUGGAGGAUCUCGGGGCAUAUCUUAUAAUCUCACAAAUCGGCCAUAUUUGUAUUAUUUUGACAUGACUAAAUGUAUAUCGUACACUACCGCUUUGGGAGGCUGUCAAACACCUCAAAUGUGUGUAGCUGCCUGUCCUACAAAGUAUUUCUCAUAUCUUCAACUUCAGAGUCCUACCAUUAGUGGAGAAGAUUUUCGACAAACUGUAAUGUCAUCAGUAUAUUGUCUUGACGAAGUUAAUCGCAGUACAAUAACAUCAUUUGCGAUUUUACGAAGCUAUGUGCAGCAACAGAAGUGCGCAUCAUACACGGUAAAAUCAGCCCCUGGUGAGUAA